AUGGAUUAAUCUGCAGUGGCUCUAAAGGUUGAUAUAAAUUCAAUAAUUGUUAGGCUGAGGUGAAGGAGUAUCAAAUGAGCAAAAUCGAUAACAGUGUCAUCCUAUUCAUCUUGCUGGUGUCCAAGAGGGAUGGAUAGUAAUGGACAUUGGAAAAGAGGUACUCCGAAUUUGACGAUCUGAAUACUAACUUAAAGAAGGUAAGGAUAAUUAUUUAUUCAUUCUAGGUGUUCACGAAUUUGCCUCCGUUGCCAGGAAAAACAUUGUUUAAGUUGAAGGAACAUGUCGAUAUUGAGAAGCGAAGAGUGGGACUGGAUUAUUACAUUAAGGUAAAAAGAUAUGCAUAAGAGUAGGAAUUAUUAAAACGACCAGAUGUCUUCAAUUCUGAGUCGAUGAAACAAUUUUUAUAGUUGGAGAAGCAUGCUUAAGAACAAGUGGUCAACCCACCCAAAAUGUUGGGAGAAAUUACAGGUUUCAUUCACGGAUUAAGGGAUUUCUAUAUAGAGAGAUCAUAGAGUAAAAAAUCAAUUAACAAUUUUCUAGAUGUCAUUUUUGUCUUAUCCUCUGAUAUGAAUGUAGCCAGCAGAGUGGAUGCCUACUUGACCAAUAUGAAAAUGCCUUGGGAAAAAGAAGCCCCUCCAACUCUAUUGGCUGUUGGAUGUUUAGAAUGUUGGGUCAAAACUAAUGACGAGAACGAAUUCAAGUAUGAGAGAAUGUGGAAUAAAACCUAUCCAUCAUAAGCAAUUUGUUUGUAUUGGGAUGCAGUGACGUCAACUCUAAUCGUUGGAUUGGAUGAGGGAAAAUUGAAUUUGCUCAAAGUCCCUCAAGAAAGUCAAUUUAUCAGAUACGAUGAAGUACCUCAUUCAUUUAUCAACCUUAGUAAGCAGAUAUCAAGGCACAUUAGGGUAGAGUGAUGGGUGUAUUUUAUGAUUCCAUAAAUUCACAUAUUCAUUCUGUAUCAGAAGAUAAGAAAUACAAAGUACUUGACUUCUAAAGAUAAAUCACAGUCGCAGAGCUCUAACCAAGUUAACAUCCCUUAACUGGUUUAGCCGCUGAUAAAGACAACAGAAGAAUAUUUGUUUCAGAUAAAGGAGGCUAUGUUCACGUUUUUGAGAUUACCUCUGCAACCAUGGGUCCAUCUUUGGCUGUCUCAGUAGCAUCUUAAACACUCUCCCCUAUAAGAGGCAUCUUUUUCGAUCCUGUCAAGAACUACUUGUUCACAGCUGGUUUCGAUCAAGGAGAAAUUGGUAUCUUUGAAGUUGGUAAAUCUGGAAGAGAAAAAUUUACAAAACAAACCGCAAGUUUGAAAGGCAAAUUGCAAAUGAGAGAAAUCGUAUGGUCACCUUCCAGAGGAGAAUGCCUGGUAGGAAAUAAAGAUGGUACAGUCACUGUCUGGAGUGCAAAAAAGGCUGCACCAAUAUGUACUUUUUAUUUAUAACAUUCUUAGUUGUAAUUAAGGCUCAUAAUACCGAUAUUACCAAACUCUAAUGGUAUGAAGACAAACACAUGUUAGUAACCAGUGGAAAGGAAAAAUCUUUGAAAGUAUUAAGCAUUAUUUAAUUCUUUAGUUUUGGCAAUUACCCAAAGAAUGGAGAGACAAAAAGAUUGAAUAGCAGGAAGAAUAAGAGUAUGACCAAAUGAAGAAAUAAGAAAAUAUCAAAAACUAUCAGGAGACUUCCAAAAAGGUAUUUCUCUCAAUAUUAAAAUCUUAGAAAGAGCUUGAUUCUGAUGAAGACGACCUUAAAGGAUGGCAUAAAAUGUGAAAUGAAUAUCAAAAUAUCGUAAUAUAUAUAGAUAAAUC